CAUCAUGAAGAAUAUGGAAACUACAUCACCUUCAAAACAUGAUGGAAGAAGAACAAAGGCUAUUGAUGAAAAUUCAGAUUCAUUCUCUAAAAUCAAAAUGGAAGAGAAAGUUAUUAAGAAACUAAAUCAUGACAUUUGUGAAAUCACAGAAAGGAUCACAGAGAAAUUGUCAAAAAGAGAUUAUCUCGAAUCUGUGUUGAGACGCUUAAUUAGUUAUCGACGAUGCUCGCCACACAAAUACCGAGUGGAGGAAAAAGAGAAGAUACUAAGGGAUUUAUAUAUGGCACUUGAUGAAUUGAAUUUCAUGAGUAAUAAAACAGCAAAUGGAGAAUGGUUUGUGGAAAAGCUUGCUAAAAAUCUACAUGGGAGUAAAAGUAUAGCUGAGGAGAAAAUGAUUCUAAGGGAUAUAAAAAUUCAACAAAAAGAGAAAGAUGUUGCUUCAUUCAAAUCACUAGAAGUGCUUAAGGAAAUGGCACAUAGAUAUAAGAGAAGAAAACACAUUGAGCAGAUUAGACAGAAGAAUAACUACAUUAAUGGUUGGCUAAAGAUUGGGAAGGAAAUUGAACAAUUCCAAAUCCAACUUAUGGAAAGAGCUUUUAAGGAAGAUAUUUCCAUCUAUGAAUCCUUGAAGAAAACUAUAAAAGACCAAAUCAAGGUUGUAUGUGAUUAUAUGGAAUCUGGCAGCAGAGUUAAAUAUGGUGUGAAAGAACUAGAUGCCAUAAAUGGAGAAAUAUAUUCUUUGAGAGCAAAAUUGACAGAGAAGUAUAACGAAAAGGAUGAAGCAUAUCAAAGGAUUUUGAAAUCGAAUAAAAAUUUGUAUUAUGUAAUGACUUAAUGAAGAUAAAUUACCAUAAAAAAAAUUUCUUCUCUGUUUCCUUACCUUUCUCGUUUGUUCAUAGUAAUU